AUCGUCGGCCUUGUGGAAGCGGCGCAGUCGCAGAGGGCGCCUGUCCAGGAGUUGGCCGACAAGGUCUCCAGCGUGUUCGUGCCCGCUGUACUGUUGAUGAGCCUGGCAACCUUUGUGCUGUGGCUGGUCCUUCUAAGCUGCGGCAUUGUCCAGCUCGACGAGGUCAGUGACAGCGAGCGCCACAACAACUUCACUUUCAGUCUGAUGAUGGCGAUCUCCGUCCUGGUAGUCGCUUGCCCGUGUGCUCUGGGCCUGGCAGCCCCCACAGCUGUGAUGGUCGGAACAGGCGUCGGUGCCUCACAAGGCGUCCUCAUCAAGGGCGGUCACGCGUUGGAGGCCGCGCACCAGAUCGAAGCUGUGGUUCUGGACAAGACCGGGACAAUCACGGAGGGAAAACCUCGGGUGACAGAUGUAGAGGUUCUUUGUGGUGAGGGCGAGGUGCCCCUCCAAGGUGCCCGACAGCACCUGGCAGACGUGGGCGUCUCCACGAGCGGGCCGCUGGCGACCUCGCUGCCGCUGCUCCUGCUGGCUGGUAGCGCGGAGCGAG